UAAAUUUCUAGAUUGGAGUGGCGUCGAAUGGAAUCUUUGAUCUAAGCGAUGUUAAAAAUAAAUUACUGCAAUGGAAAACUCAAAAACUAUCAACAUUAUGUCCGUCGAAUGGGGCACAACUUCAAUAUUUAUUGAAUUUAGUAUGUAGCACUGCUCAACCUACGAACGUAACUAAUCGUGACGCUUGCAUAUCUUGUUUUUCUAGAGUGACGUCUAUGCCGGAGGGUCCUCAAGAAUUAAACGCAUUGAGUGUAUGCGCCGUACAAUAUUUUGCCAAUACAUCGUAUUCUAGCUGUGCAACAGCGCUAAUGGCUUUAUCGACAUCAGCUUUAAAUGUUCAACCCUCUGGAUGUUAUAUGGGAUAUUGCGAUUUUGUGCGUUGCUUAAGAAGAACAAAUUCAAUGAAUUUGAUCACGCAGUGCACGAGAGAAGCUAGAACUGGUGUGAAUAUAACAGUUGAUGCCGAUAAUGUUCGUUUUUACACCAAUGUAACAUCAUGUAUCUUGGCAAAAACUAGAUGUGGUCCUUUCAAUCCUAUAUCAGGUGAACCACAAACCCCAGGCUACACGUCAUCUGGAACGAGAGUUAGCAAUGCACUUCAGUUUUCUGAAAAUGGCGAACUUCGUAUAUUAGCCUUUUCUGCAAACACACCGGUUUCAUCAUCUUUUUGUUCCGUUAUGAAUAAUUUAAACCAAACUAGCUGGUUGACAAAUGUGUGUUAGUGUAUAUUGAAUAAACGAGAUU